AUGUACGCAGAUGACACAGUUAUCACACUCGCAGAAAACGACAGUGAGUCACUCACCACAAAUACCGAAAGAGCUCUUAACCGGACCAAAAAGUACUGCGCUCCAAACAACCUAGUCCUUAAUGUUGAUAAAACUGUACAAAUAAUUUUUAACACUAGAUUAAAAAACACAGAAACAUCAGUAGGCAGAUUACAUGAGUAUAAAACCAACACAAAGUACCUGGGCGUCACAAUCAACUCCGACCUCUCAUGGAAGACACACAUAGAUCUACUAUGUAGGAAGAUCAGCUCAGGAGCUUUUCUGAUCCGUAGACUCCGUCAAAUAAGCACGCCAGAGGCAGCAAAGACCGCCUACUAUGCCUUCCUUGAAACCCAUUUAAGGUUCGGCAUAGCAACCUGGGGAGGAACGUCUGCAACAAACCUGGAUAGAGUCCUCAUUCAACAAAAGAAAGCUAUAAGAUCUCUGACAGGGCUCGAGCAAAGAGAGAGCUGCCGAGCGGCAUUUGUCGAGCAAAACAUUCUCACAGUGGUGUCACUAUACAUACAAGAGGUCAUCCUGCACACAGUCUCUACAGAAACAACAAAGACACAGAGAUAUCCACCAUCACUACACCAGGCAUGCCGCAAACUUUGCCCUACCUCCUCACCACCGCACUCUAUACAGCAAGAAACCAUCAUACAUUGGUGCAAAACUUUUUAA